UGUGAUUUACAUUACUUAAUUGUACAGUUUAUUUGAUUAUAUUUAGUUUUACUGAAGCUAUAUUGAGGUAAUUGUCAUUUUCAGCAAGUAAUUUCUUAGUGUUUUGUUAAAUUACACCGUUGGACUAUUUGAUCAAGAGGAUAUCUGCAGGCUCUUCCAGUUAAAAGGAAAUUAAUGACAUUGAAAAUGGGAUAGUUCAUCGAUUAACCAAACAGAACCUAGAACAUGUUCCAGUGUAUGGUCAAGAAUCAAGCAGAUACGAUUUCUUUCAGAGUGGAAUUUAUUCUUACUAAAAAACAUUUUGUGAUCCAUAUAAAAAAAUGUGUGAAAGGUUGAAAUCAUUCAAUGAGACAGUACCUGUGUGUUGUUACAAGUUACUGGGUAAUAAAUUUUAAAAAUUACCUAACUCGAAAUGUCACAGCUGACACUAUGUAAAAGUUCAAACCUUGAAAAAUACAAUUUAUGACGGUGUUUAUGUUUAAGAAAAUGUCUGUGUUUGUUUACGAUUGAUAUUUCUUGACAGAAAUACAUGCACAGACUGAGGAUUAGGUCACAGUAUGAGUUGCAGAAAUGAAUGAACGGGAAGGACUAGCAAGGAGAUCGAGUUCAAAAUCCAGUCAGCCAGGGACUGUUGAUGAUUUAUCUCUUCCGUCGCCACGGACACCGUUGUUCGAUGAUGAUCAAACUUUUGAACUACCAGAAAGAAGCAACAGUGAUUCGGACCUUGCUGCACUGGCUGAUGAUGCUGAAUCGACACUUAGUGUGUGUGGUCGCCAGUUUACAAUAGGAAGUGGAGGAAAGGUCAAGGUCACAUGGAAGGUCAGAGAAGAAUGCGGGUCAGAUGACUGGAUUGGCCUCUUCCCAGUCGGUGAGAUGAGGGAGUCAGCAUUCUGGGACAGUAAGACACGUGGUGCUAAUGGAGGACAGAAAGGGGAACUACUCUGGGAUCUUGAUGUUGUCAGCCAUUAUUUCACUGAUGCAAAGACAAAGGUCUGUUUCAAAUACUUCAAUGGCAGUACAGGCGACCUGAUUGCAGUAAGCCCAACCAUUGUGAUCCACAAUCCACAUAGCAGCACGGCAACCUCAGAGAAUGGUGCCAGUGGAGAUAACAAGUUAAAAGAUUCUGCAACCAGUCAGAAGUUUGUCCAUUUAGAAUUUACAGAUUUAGAAUCAGUAAACCUAAAGAAAGGGAUAUUUUUCAACCCAGAUCCGUACUUGAAGUUGUGUAUUCAGCCGGGCAAACUUUGUCACCAUCAAGCACAUCAUGUACAUGAGUUGCGAACCUCCAUAGCGGAAAAUACAACAUGUCCCACCUGGGGCUCUGAGGUACUGGCUAUGGAUGUAUUGCCCUCGGAUAUUGUUGAGUUUGAAAUCAAAGACAAAUUUGCUAAAAGUCGACCUACAUUAAGUCGGUUUCUUGGAAAAGCCACGGUGGCUGUACAAAGAAUCCUGGAUAAAGCCGCCGGGAAUGAUGGGCCGGUUUCCCUGUCACUGGAUCUGAGUCGGAGAAAUCCUGCCGAGAGUGUUAGCGGAGCCAUGAAGUUUUCUGUAAGAGUCACAAAAUCUCCACUCAAACCCUCUGGGAAGCCAGUGCCAGCAAAGAGGAAACGGCCCAAUGAUUUACGUCAGUCAUCUUUACCAGAGUCGUCAGACUUUGGAGAAACGUUCCAUUAUGCAAACAAAGAACGGUGUUUCACCGAUACUGCAAUUAGUAGUUUAAAUGGCAUUUUAGGAAAAGACUCGAGUGAGUCACCAGACUCGGAAAACGCUGCAACACUUUUCCAUGAGAGCGAGUUACGAAUAUCUGAUGAUUUUGAUCACUCACAAGAAGACGAGCUUCUGUCGCCAAGUUUCACAACUGUGCCAAAUACGUUUGGAAGUAAUAGUGUUGUAGAUGUUGUGUCAGGAUUUGAAAAUGGCUGUGAUCAUAGAGAAGUGAAUAAUGUUGACGGAUUUAUUCCAGUGACAUCUGCUGAGUUUACCAUUCAGUCAGAUAAUGAAAUAGGGGCCGUAGGUGGAUCUAGUGCAAACCUAUCGAAAUGUGGAUUUAUAAGUAGUGUUAAAAAUGGGUCGGGAUCACGUAGUGAUGAUAGUGCUCUUCCGUCAAGUGCAGAUAACUCUGAUGGUUCUAAUGCAAUGGGUUUAGAUAUUGUGAUAAAUAAAUGUUCAAAUUCGACAUUAACAGAUAAUCUUGAACUGUCAGACUCUGGAGAGGUUUUGCCAUCUUGUAUAGGGCCUGCAGUUGAAAGUUCAAAAUCAAGGAGGAAUUUUGCAAAUUUUGAUUUCACUUUAAAUUUAGCUUCUCCAGAUAAAAACAUUUCUCAUGCUUUUGUUCAAAGUAGGGAAAGGCCUCUUUUAGCAGAAGGGAUAACAUUAAAUUUGCCAGAUGCAGAAGAUGAUGUUAGUCAAACGCCCCCAGAUUUACCUCCGCGGACAUAUAAAGCACCUCCUUUACCUCCGCGACUUCGUGCAAAUGAGGCUCCGCCUCUUCCUCCUAGAAACACUGAAAAACACUCAUCAAUGCAUGCUUCAACACAUGGUGUGACAACACCAACAAGUCCAGCAAGAUCUGUUGAAAGUUUAGACUUUGUAAAUUUAGCUCCUUUAGAGCCCCCUCCAUUGCCCCCAAGAACAUACAGUCCGGUUCAUAUGGCAGGGGCCGAAAGAGGGGACAGAGGUGCAGAUUCCAGCGGGGGUUCCAUGUCAUUGCUGUCAACAGAGGACAGCGAUAGUCGAAGUUUUGACAGUAUGGAAGCAUUUUCGGGUUCUCGCGAAAGUUUACAAACUGAUUCGGGUGAAAGGGAGCGGCGUUCAAGUGGCUUAGGCCAGGAUGUGAUUAAACGUGAACAUAAAAAAUUACAUAGACUUUCCCAAGGGAGGAAUAUUAAUAGUCUUUCAGGGGGGAUAAUUUCUUCUAAUGCUGGUGUUUUAGGUGCAGAGUCGUUAGAAAGCCAAAGGCCUGUUACUCCUCCUACGAGAGAGUGGCGUAGAUCUGCUGAAAUUGUGUCAUCAAAUCGCGAUGAUGCAAACAAGACUCCACCACCUAUUGUUCAUAGACAUAAACCUAUAGAUAGUAAUACUAAUAUGGACUCGUCAUUAACAGAGGGGAGCCGGAAUGAAAACUUUGAUUCGCCAGUCGAGAGGUUAAGAUCUUUAAAUUUUGCUCCUGUUAAUGAAGAUAGUGAUAACCCACUGACUCUGGACAGAUUACGAGGUAGAGAUCAGGAUGAUACUCCACCUCCGAUUGAAAGACAUAAACCGUCUGAAACCUCGCAGUUUUCUGGUGAAAGGCAUAGACAGUUAGAUUCUCAGAAUGCACAUAGACCUUUGAAUUUAUCUCAUUCUGUGGGUAGACACAGGCAUGUAGACCCGCAGUCUUCAAUAAUGGAUCGCAGUCGGACAUUUGAUAGACAGCGAUCUGUAGAUAGUAUACCUGUUGAUAGAUUAAGAAAUUUGGAUCCAUUAUCAAAUACUCAUUUUGAUUUUGAAAUGCCCCCUUCUUUACCACCGUUUUUAAAUCGACAAUCAAGUGAACAACCUCAUACAGAUAAUGUUGUGACGACGGAAUACUCUGGGCAACUUGUGAAUAGUGAAGGACAGAAUAUUUAUAGUCCAGUCCUAGAGCUUCAACCUCCAGUCUACAGUAGACAAAGGUCGCGGGAAACUCCACGGGUCGUUGAUAGACAACUUUCAAAUGAAAGUACAGGAAGCAGUGUGUUCCAUGCAGAUAACAAGAGUACGAAACUUCCUGUGCGACGGUCUUUGAGUCCUGCUGUAAGGCGUAUUGUUGAUUCUAGUGUUUCUGACAGAUCUGAACCCCAGGGGGCAGUUGGUGGCUCGCCAGCACUUCCUGUAAGAACAUACCCAGGAAUUGACUCAUCAGCUGUGCGUCCUGAAACCCCACCACGCCCUGGGGCUCUUGGGUCAGGUCGUGAAAGUACACCUUCCCCACCAAUAAUUCACCCUAGGAACAGAGUGCUAAGUGAUGAAGAAAGGCAACAAAAUCGGCAAAACAUCCAUCAGCAUUUACAAAUGUGGACUCAGAAAAAGAAGGAGCACGCAAAUUCUAGUUUUGGAAGUGAAGCUGGGGAUAUGGAUUUAGCAUCUCCAACGUCUGAAACGCGAAGUCUUACAAAUGGCGUCUGUGGUUGGGAGAGGUUUGAUGAACCAGGUGUUGCCAUGGAUACCUCCCAGCCAGAGAUUCCACCACAUGUGUCUGGGGCAGACGGAGGUGCUCCAGCAGGGCAAAGUGCAAUAGCUGUCAGUAGGUUGUCCCCAACACCAGCUAGCUCUACUGUCUGGCAACUGAGAACUGCAGGGGAAAAUGAUCCCCCACCUAGCAUUGAUUCAGUUGACACUUCAGGACCACCCUCCUCCCCGUUACCCAAGUUGCCGGCUCGACGAAGGUAUCACAGGGUGGAACCAGGCCCCGGGGAUGUGCCCCUCCCACCAGGUGGGUAUCAGGAAGAUUCUCAAUCACCCAAUGGUUGGGAAGCUAGGGUAGAUUCUCACCAUCGGGUGUUCUAUAUAGAUCAUGUAAAUCGUACUACAACCUGGGAAAAACCUCAGAGCGGUCAGCGCUCAAUACAUCGGCGACCAACAAUCAGUUCUCAACAACGUCAGCAAAUGGAUCGACGGUACCAGAGUAUACGUCGGACAAUACGACAGAGAGCGGAACCUGAACCUGCCAGUAAUUCUGCCGAAAGUACUUCAUCAGGUACAAGUGAUGGAAGCCCUCAGACCUCUGCACAGACUGUGAUAGCCGCUCCAGUGACGAUGAUGGCAACGUCAGAAAAUCGUGGAACGUACCGUCAGCCAGCCGUCAAGUUUCUAAUGCGGCCAGAUUUCUUCCCUCUCCUACAAGCGAAUGAGAACGGAAUGAUGGAAUACAACAGAAAUCAGACACUAAAACAUAUGAUCAGCAAAAUACGCAAAGAUCCUACUAACUUUGAAAGGUAUCAGCACAAUCGUGAUCUGGUGGCAUUCCUGAAUCUGUUUGCUGACAUGACCAAAGAAUUACCAGAAGGCUGGGAAAUGAAGUUUGAUAAAACUAACUCAAAGCCGUUUUUCAUAGAUCAUCAUUUGAAGGGUACAACAUUUAUUGACCCUCGUCUCCCUGCCGAUGUUCCACCAGUAAAUCCAGACUUUCUCCACACAUCAUUGAUACGGGUCAGGCAUCGGUCAGGUGGUCAGGAACAUUCACCAACUCGCAGCGAAGCGCCGACACCUCCACCCCGGCAGCCAAUUAUAGAUCAAAGUGCAGUUCCAACAGCAUACAAUGAUAAAGUGGUGCUGUUUCUACGGCAACCCAAUAUUCAAGAAUUGUUGAAAGAAAAAUAUCCGGUAUAUGCUACAUCUAGUCCAUUGAAAGAUAAAGUACACAAGAUUGCGACAGGGGGAACAGAGGCAUUGGAUAAAAUGUCCAACGAUCUUCCUCUAACAAUGAUGCUGAGCGUUUUUGAGAAUGACAUAAUGUCAUUUGUACCACCACAUCUGUUAGCAGCUGCUCGGUCUGCAUCCCCCAUGGAAACUUCAAUCACAGAUUCUCCCCAUAGCUCUCCUAAUACUGUGGUAGCAGACAUUGCAAGAUCUAAUGUACGAGUACCAGCUCCAUACAAGAGAGAUUUCCAUGCUAAACUGAGAAACUUCUACCGUAAAUUAGAGCAAAAAGGUCAUGGACAGGGACCUGGAAAAUUAAAAAUGAUGGUAAGAAGAGAUCAUGUAUUGGAGGACGCCUUCAACAAGAUCAUGUCCACCCCCAAGAAGGAGCUACAGAAGAGUAAACUGUAUAUUACCUUCACUGGUGAGGAAGGGUUGGAUUACGGAGGCCCCUCCAGGGAAUUCUUCUUCCUCUUGUCCCGGGAAUUAUUUAAUCCUUACUACGGGUUGUUUGAGUAUUCGGCUAAUGACACAUACACUGUGCAAGUCAGUCCAAUGUCAGCAUUUGUGGAGAAUUGUCAUGAAUGGUUCCGAUUCGCUGGUCGAGUUCUGGGACUUGCCUUGAUACAUCAGUAUCUCCUGGAUGCUUUCUUCACAAGACCUUUCUACAAGUUCUUACUGCGGGUGCCAUGUUGUCUUGCUGAUGUUGAAGCGUACGAUGCAGAGUUUCACCAGAGUUUGACCUGGAUCAAAGAGAACGAUAUCUCGGACCUCGACAUGGAUCUCUUCUUCUCAGUCAACGAAGAAGUGUUUGGACAGGUUACAGAGCGUGAGCUCAAACAGAAUGGGAAGAACAUCCCUGUUACAGAGAAGAACAAGAAAGAGUAUAUUGAACGAAUGGUGAAAUGGAGACUGGAGAGGGGUGUUACAGAACAGAUGGAGAGUAUAAUUAAAGGGUUUCAUGAGGUUCUCGACCCACGGAUUGUCUCUGUAUUUGAUGCACGUGAACUCGAGCUGGUGAUUGCAGGGACAGUGGAAAUUGAUAUAAAUGACUGGAGGAAGAAUACUGAAUAUAGAUCUGGUUAUCACAAUCUGAAUCAAGUGAUCAUUUGGUUCUGGGAAGCUAUAGAAAAGUUUGACAAUGAACGCAGGCUUCGUUUAUUGCAGUUUGUAACAGGGACAUCCAGUAUACCAUAUGAGGGUUUUGCUGCAUUAAGAGGAAGUAAUGGACCUCGAAAAUUCUGUAUUGAAAAGUGGGGAAAGGUCACCAGUUUGCCAAGAGCUCACACGUGUUUUAACCGACUUGACCUGCCACCAUAUACAACCUUUGAGAUGUUGUUUGAGAAACUAGUCACAGCUGUAGAGGAGACAAGCACGUUUGGAAUUGAAUGAGAAGCUAUCCUCUACUGCUUUGGAACAGAAUGGGAAGCUGUUCACUACUUUGGAAAUAAGACACAAGCACAAUAAGAAUUGAAUGAGAAACUAGUCACUACCUUAGAGUCAAGACUUGAUUCCAGUUUAAAACCCAGUACGACAGUGCCAUAGCAGCCAAGUGUUCACUGUUCAUUUCAAUUUUACAUUGCUGCAGCAGGAAGGUGACAAGAAUGCCCUGUCAGGAUAUUAUACCCCGUCGAGAAUUUUUCAUCUCGCAGUAAUGACAUUGCGACAUAAUACCAUGCUGUUAAGUAAGGAGAAGAUGUUUCGAGACUAUCAUUGUGCAACACAUGCUGUUAAAGCAUUCAAGCAUGACUGCACUAUAACUUUAUAGGGGGGCAGUUAAGUACAAGGGUUUUACUUAAAUUCACUCCUGUUAUCUACUACUCGGCAGUUGAGCUAUCUUGAUUCACAGUGUACAGUUGUCUUUCAAAUGUACCUUGAAUAAAGCGGUAUGCUUAGUUGAGCCAUAGAAUCAGUACACAGUGUAAAACUGUUUUUCUAACGUACCUUGAAUUGAUUAGCAUUGUGUUGUAGACAUAGUGUUGGCACAAAGUGUAUAACAACCUUUCUAACAUACCUUGAAUUUAGCUUAGUCAGCACAGUGUACAACUGUCUAAAAUACCUUUUAUUGAUUGAUGUGUAGUUAAACCAGUCAGUACACAGUGUACAACAGUCUUUAUAAUGUACCUUGAAUUGAAUGACAUGUACACUCCUGGAUGCAAAUGUUAAAACAAUCAAAAUAUUGUAACUGCUCACCAUUGUACUGUAAAAGCAUAUAUUUUUGCUGGGUCAAAAUUUUGAAUUUUGAGUCUGUUCGCAAGGUUUAAUAUUCGCGAAAUGUAAAAAUGGUAUCAUACUUGAAUUUGAAUUAUACUUAUGGUGAAUAUUUACACAAGGAUUAAUUUUCACGAGAUGUAGGGUCUCGCGCUAACAGCGAAAAUUUAACCCUCGCGAAAAUUUCUGCUUUUUACAGUAAGUCUGCUUCAUUUGAGAGAUAUAAUCAAACAUCGUCAUCGUUGUCUUCUACAAACUGAAGGGAGAAAUGAAUGUAUUGGUGCAAAUAUCAUAUG